CCCGAACCAUCCCUCCCCCACCGGCGCCGACCCGCCGCCGCUCGCCAUGGAGCCCGCGGCGAUGGACCGCAUCGCCGCCCGGCUCUCCGCCGUGGACGGCCUCUAUUACCCCACCGCCUUCCUCCGCACCUCCCCUCCGCCGCCGGCGCGCAAGUCGGCCCUCCUCGACCUUCUAUCCCGCGAUGCGCCGCUGUUCCUCGAGCGGUACGGCGCCGCGCUGCGGCCCGACGAGCUGGCCCCCUUCGACGCGCUCCGGGACGACUACGAGGUAGGCUGGCACCUCCGCCGCCUGCGCGCCGUGGCCGCCGGGGAGUCCCCCGCCCCCGCGCGCGUGCGCAACCGGCGCCGCGCCUACCUCCACCGCCUGGUGGCCCAGGGGGACUACUUCUCCGAGGAGGCGAUGCGGGAGCGGGAGCCGUACCUGCACCACGAGUACCUCGGCAGGUUCCAGGACCCCUUCGGGCGCGCCAUGGUGCGGCCCGGGGAGAAGUUCUCCGAGACGCUGAUGCGGCGGGCCGAGGAGGCCGUCAUCGUGGAAAAGAUCCGCGGGGAACAGAUCAGGAGGGGUGUUGACCCCAGCGAGUGGGUCGGCGGUCCCGUUGAGCGGCCGAUGAUGGGGCAGGAGGAAGAAGAGGAAGAAGAAGAGGAGGAGGAGGAGGAUGAAGAAGAGGAAGAAGAAGAGGAGGAGGAAGAGAACAUCGGCAUGGAGGAGAACACCGAGAAUCUUGGUUCCACUGAGGUGGCUGCACGCGACGAUAACGGUGGGUGCCCGAACGAGACCGCAGGACCCCCCGCAGCGACUUUCAAGUCGAUAUUAUCCCCUGAGGAGAUGGAGGAUCAGCUGGAGCAGUUCACCUCGGUGAUGCAGGAGAAGUUCCUGUCAGGCCAAGACUCGGAGCACAUGGACUACCCCCAGAUCGACAACGACGAGAUGCUGGACGACCACUGGUCGAGAGAGGCCAACUACGACGCGGAGGACAAGUACUUCGACGAAGAUUAGGACGGUCCAGAAUGAAGUCUGCUGCUAUUUAAGCUGCGUACUCGGUCAGUGGCGCCGGCCAUGUUUAGACCCUGUAGUGUUGUUUGUUAGCAGCAUGUAAAUAUAUGCAAUCGUGUACGAUUAGGACACAACUUACACAUCCCAUGAGGGAGGCGAGAUGAGGGUAUACUGGUAUCGUAUCAGACGGUAGCGUCUGUCUCUCUGUUGCUACCGGUUAGGCCUUGUAUAAUGUUAGGUGCUUAGGGAGAGGUGUUUAGAAAAAUGAAGUUUUUUAAGCAUCAAUGCAUAUUUCUACAUGGAAAAUGCCUAACUAAGUGUAUAUCCUUUACAAAUAAACAUCGGUGCUUAAAAAAAUACAGCUUUAUUUCUCUAAGCACCUCCUCUAAGCGUCUUGCAUUAAGUUUCGGUUUCAUACCUGGCAGUACUUUUCUAGUCUUGCUUUCGCUCUUGGUAUUGUAACUUUCUCCUUCUCAAGAUGUAAGUCAAGUGGUAUGCGUCAAUUUCCCCCCUA